AUGAAUCACAAGGACACAUUCCCUUCACUGCGCACAACCGUAACGGUCAUGAUCCAAGAUUGUGACAUUCAAAAUGCCACCAAUGCCUCCUCCUUCGUUGAUGCCGACCAGAAAGCCCCUCAAGGUCUGCUCAAGUUCGAGGAUUACCCGCAGGCUGUCCUCAUGACAGGCUUCGUGACGCUCAUUGUGUUCGCCAUAUUCGGCUCCGUAGCCAACUUUGUGUCCGUGUUAGCCUUAACACGGUCUUCGAAACUCUCCAACGCGACCAACUUGCUUUUGGUGAGCUUGUGUUUCUGCGACCUCAUCUUCUGUUCAAUGAACACUCCCUUCGCUGCCACCAUCUUCUGGUACGGCAAGUGGGUCUACUCUGAGCUAGGCUGCGUGGCUUCCGGCGUCAGCCGCUACUUCAACGUCGGAGCGUCCAUGUUCACCAUAGUGGCCGUCGCUAUCAAUCGUUUAAUCGUGAUCGCUUAUCCGAGAAGCCAGAAGCUGAUCUUCACCCCUGGAAAUAACCUGGUGUUCGUCGCGUCCACUUGGGUGUUGGCCUGUCUCGUGAUCAUCCUCCCCACAGGAAAAUUCUGGGGUCAUUUCAAGUGGGAUCCCGAACUCGGAUCAUGCAGCGUAGUUCCGUAUAACGGUCGUUCUUGCAGACACUUUUUGCUCACGCUCAUGUGUGUCGUUCCGAAUAUUACCUUCGUCUACUGCUACAGCAGGAUCUACUUUAUCGUGCGGAGGGCACGGCGUAGGUUACGAAGCCAUUCCCGGCUAACGUCCAAGAGUAACACUGUGAGUCUUUCCAACGUCCAGCUCUCCGAGAAAGAAAAGAUGAAGACGGAGAAGAACGGGAGGCUGUUGAGGAUGAUUCUGGCGGUUUUUUUCGCGUUUACAUUCAGCUAUCUUCCGGUAAACGUCGUGCACGUGUUCGGAAUAUUCCGCGAUUCUUCCUGGGUGAGGGUGACAUGUUGGAUCACAUUUUUCUUUUCCGGAUGUGUCAAUCCCAUCAUUUACGUCUGUAUGAGUCGCGAGUAUAGGAAAUCAUAUUUUGAAUUGUUCCGGGGUUCAAGUGGGACGUCGUGCGUUGUGGAAGCAAGGACUCAAACCAAAACCAAGAUCGCAAGAUUAUGA